GGCGCACAACGGACGGUCGCGCCAGGCCGCCGCCGGGCGCCGCCGGGCGCCGCACCCCUCGCUGCGCCGCCGCCGCCGCCGCCCGCCUCUCAGCCGCGGUCGCAGCCACCCGAGCUGAGCCGAGAUUCGCCGAGCGGUGGACGUCGCCGAUCCGAUCGGCUGCCAUCGAGAGAUCGAUCAGCGCUCCGUCUGCCAUCGACCGAUCGGACGAGGCAAGGCCGGCCGGUGGACCGCCGACCUCGAGCACCUGCCGGACAGACACCGCGGCCGGCCUGGGGCCAGCGGCCGUCUGAAGGUGCUCGGUGAUCAACGGAUUCGGCUAGGUGCCGAAAAGAAGCCGCGAAGGUGUUGCAAGAAGAUAACCGUUCAGUGGAAUUGGUGCGGUGCACUUAAAUACGGGACAAUGGCUGUUCGCGUCGCUUCAACGAGGGCUUGAUGAACGCAAGCAAGACGUACUGCAUCACUGUGAUUGACUGUUGCUUAGUGUGUAGCACGCAUAUUCAUCGCUGUUGUUUGUUUGGAGCUGUGCUGCUCCUCGUUUCAAAAUGCUCAUGCUGACGGACUCUGCUAGCUUGAAAAGCGUUGAUGCUAUUUCAGCCCAUAACAUAGACACUCUACCCAGUGGUGAUGUGCACAAUCUCCCCGAGAUGAAUGCUGGUACUCACCCAAAGGUUAUUCGACUCGAUAGGAAUCAGCAACGGGAAAACAGGUUUUGGAGGAAGCAGCGAGUCAGAGAGAAAAAGCAAAGAAAAUGGGAAGAGCAAGUAAGAAAACAAAAAGAAGAAGAGGAUGGUGUCCCAGACGGCGAAAAUGCCGAGGUGUUCUCUGACAACGAUCCUGCCGACGACACUGAAGAUGGUGAUGCCACUGAUGAAAUGGAUAGCGAUGAUGUACCCGAAGGGAUUGGCUCGACUGCGCCAGAUGAAGAAAAUGCCGCGGAUUCCCCUGGUGACGGGCUCGGCGACUCUGGCUACAGGGCCGAAGAAAACGAGGAACAACAGGAGCCACUUCAUACGGGCGAAGAGGAGAGUGCGAUGCUGCAUGAAAGCAGACACAGGAGCGAUGGUGACGUCGCAGAAGAGGAUGACGGGAACCACUCCCUGGACGAGGCGGACAGAGACUCUCCGGAAACGCACAACGAAGAAAGGAUGAGCUAUGAAGAGAAUGUCAGAAAAUUAUCUGAAGAGGAACAAGCGAAAGGGUCUGAUGAAGCUCAUGAGGAAGGCGGUCAGCCAAAUGAGCCAAGUGAAGAGGGAGUAGGGGAAAAUGAAACCGACGAGAAGGAAGAUGAACAAACUGCCAACCUUGAAAACGAGAACAAUAACCCAGGACCUGAAUCAAGCGAUGAUGUUCGGGUGAACUCUAGCGCUGCUGUCGAUGGUGAGGACGCCGAGGCUCGCCCAGACUCGAGGCACUCUGAAGGUGCUGAGGACGCCUCUACCCCGGACGCCGACGCCGGCGAUCAGACGUCCGAGCGGCACCACGGGGACGGCUACGAGACGGAUGAUGAGCGCGAUCGGACGCGCGACGGUGGGCCGGACGAGGAGCGCGACUCGGCCGUGGGCGGCUCCAGUGAGGACCGGGCGGUGGACUCGGCUGCCGGCGACGGGCCCGACUCCGACUGGGUGGGGCCGCGCAGCGUGUCUCCCUACGUCGAACAGCAGCUGCCCAAUGGUGGCGAUGAUGGCUCCCCGGACGCCCAGCAGGAACAGGAGGCGGCAGACAGCGCCGUGGAGCGCGACUCGGUCUUCUCAGACAACGAUAAGGCGGCGCCGGAGCCCGCCCAGUCGCGACCCGACUCGGAGUCGCAGCGGCGGCCGCCCAGUCGAGUCUCGCUCGUCUACACGUACGCCAGCGGCCCGAAGGUGCUCUCACACGUGGAGCUGGCGCCCGAGACGGAGGCCGAGCGCGGCGCGGCGACCGAGAAUGACAACAAGCCGACGGAGGGCAGCGACGAAAAGAACGGCAAGCACGUCACCUUCGAGGAGGACGUGGCCGCGGCGGCCAAUGUGCGGAUCCGCCGGAAACGCUCGGACGCGGCGGACGUCGAGCGGGGUGAGGCGAAACAGUGGAAGGAGCUGAGGAAGAAGAACAAGGAGCGCAGGAAGAACAGGACGUCCAACACAUUCAGCGAUGUUCUAAGGCCCAAAUCCAGUUGGAAAAGCAGCAGCACCACCGGCAGCCUCAUGAACGACAAGCGGCUCAUCAAGACGGGCAACAUCGGCACCCUGGUGCUCCACGGCCAGCCUCAGCCUCGGUGGAAUGCUUACUUUGCCAACGCGCGAGCUCUGUCGAACUCGGGCGGGCCCAGUCUGACGGACAUCAUUCGGUACCAGGAGGCUCGCCGGCGCGAUGCCGGUCUGCAGAACGGUCCGGCGGCGCGGCGCGGCCUGGGCACCGGUCGGCGCCGUGACGAGCGUGUGCGCACCCCGCCGGCAGUGGCCGGCAGAAAACACUACCGCGUCCAGACCGAGCCCUACCUGGAGGAGAUCCGCGACCGGCGCGUGGAGGCGGACCGGGCCGUGCAGACUGACCCGCUGCUCGACCGGCCCAGCACGCCCCUCUUCGUGCCGUCCAAGACCGGCGCCGACGUGGCCACGCAGAUCUAUGAGGGCGACCUGUUUGACUUUGAGCUGGAGUCGGCGCCGAUCCUGGAGGUGCUGGUCGGCAAGACGGUGGAGCAGAGCCUGCUGGAGGUGAUGGAGGAGGAGGAGCUGGAGACGCUCAAGGAGCACCAGCGCCGCUUCGAGGAGCGCCGCCAGGCAGAGCUGGCCGAACAGCAGCGGCUGGCCGAGCGCGAGCGACGCCACGUCGAGGAAAAGGAGCGGCGGAUGUCUCAGCGCCGCUCGGCUCUGGAGCAGGAGACGGAGACGGAGGCCAAGGUGGCCGCCUCGGCGCUGGCGCAGAGCUACCUGGCCGACAUGGUGCCGGCCGUGUUCAGCAACCUGCGCCAGAAGGGCUUCUUCUUCAACGGCGUCGAGCGCGACAUAGAGAUGACCUUUAUGCCGUGGCUGCGGGACGCCGUCGAACAGGAGCUGGACAAGGUGCUCACCGGACGCGAGGUGCUCGACGAGCUGAUCCUGGACGCGGUGCGCAAGCGGCGCGAGGAGCUCGAGCAGCGUCCGUCGCUGAGCGCGCGCCUGCCGCCGGCGCCGCUGGCCGAGCCGGCCGCCGAGCCGAGCGCGGCCGCCGCCGACGGCGACGGCCCGGUAUCGGCGGCGGCGUCGGCGGCGGGCGGGCCGGCCGGAGACGAGGCCGAGGACGACUCGGAGGAGGAGGAGGCCGACGACUCGGGCGAGGAGGAGGCCGCCGCCGACGAGGGCUCCGACGACGACGACGCCGGCAAGGGCGCCGAGGAGGGCGCGCCCGACGACGACGAGCCCUAGACCGGCCGCCGACACACACACGAGCCGACCACCGACCACCGACCACCGGCUGCUGGGUGUCACCGCUCCGUAGGACUUUCACCAGAGCGCUGAUGUGUUCCCCCUCAAAAUGUCUGUCAACCACCGGUGUCCACCGUCCCCUCCCCUCUCCUGGGCAAUCAUUCCAUUAUUUCCAUGUUAAAGUCGGGCGCGCGCUGCUGGGGGCGCCGUGUUGGCUGUUGAGUGGCGUGCCGCCGCCGCGGGUCCGCGCGGCUCGGCUGUCCGGGGUCCGUGUGACCGGACUGGGCCGGGCGCCGGUGUGCUGUGGUGUGGUCGGGCCGACUGAGCGGCCGCCCUGUGAACGGACUGGACACGGCCGGGGGGCUCCCGGCCAGCUCUGCGCCGCUCUGUCUCCGUCCCGAGCGGCCCCAAUCACCGCCGUCACCGUCCGUUGUCCCGUCCUAUCUCAGCGACUAAUACAUAUUUUUCAAGUCG